AACUUAAUAAGUUAGUAUCACAAUAAAAUGAAAAUAAACAUUUAAAUGACAGGAUCUUGUAAUCAACAGAGAAAAUGCUAGAGUACAUUUUGUAACUUCUGCAGUGAAAAUAUAAAAGAAAAUAGAUAAUGGCUACAUUGGAAGAUAAAAUAUUGGGUGAACGGAGUGAAUAUUAUUGCAGCAGCUCCAGUGAUGAGGAGACUGAAACUGAAAAUGUUAUGUCUGAAUGCAGCAUUCCAAAACCAUCAAAAUGGGACGGCAUGUCUUGUAACACUGGACCAAAAGGAGUAUUACGGGACUGGGAACGAUUUAGGGAGUUAGAAGAAAAUAAAAAAAGCACUGAUGCACUAAGGCAGAAAGAAUUAAUAGAGAAGAUCAGUAUGACUUGUGGCAGUUUAAUGGAUAAAGACAAAGAGAAUGAUUUGGAAACUGACCCUGAACUUUUAGAUUUAUUGUCAGAUGAUUACUUGUUAGAGUACCAGACUCAACAAAUGAUUGAAAUGUUUAAAAGAAUUGAGAAUUUACGUUUUGGUGAAGUUAUUCAUUUGUCAAAUACCGACGAAUUUCUGGCUGCGAUUGAUAAUGAGAACAAGUUUGUCACUGUUAUUAUUCACAUUUAUGAAAAAAAUGUCGCAGGAUGUGAGGCUAUGAAUGGAAGUUUAAUAAAUUUGGCCAAGGAGUACCCAUUUGUUAAAUUUUGCAAAAUUUUAGGAUCUACCCUUAACGUCAGUAGGCAUUUCAAGAAAGAUGGCAUUCCAGCUUUACUGGCAUAUAAAAACGGCCAAGUUAUAGGAAAUUUUGUUCAUGUUUCUGAUAGUUUGGGUGAAGAUUUUUUUGCUGAAGAUGUGGCCGCAUUCUUAACAGAACAUGGUUUACUUAACGACAAAAAAUGUAAACCGCUUAUUAUUUCCAGCGAUAAAAGUAAAGAGCCUAAAAAUAAAUAAAUUUUUAAAAACUA